CGGUGAGGAAAGACGACAGCAGCCUCUGUGAUGAACGCCCGCAGGAGCCGUGGGGGGCGGCUUUCCGCGCAGCCUCUGCGGUGAUUUAUGGGAGCCAGGGGCUGCCGGAGAGGGAUGUGGAUGCUGGCGGCGCGGGGGAUUAAAUGCCCAUUCACGGUGUUAUUGACAUAUAAAUUCCCGGUGCCAAGGAGACAGCGAGGGAAGGGACUUCAGGGGCAGUAAUGUGGCCCGGGCCCCAGGACAUGGACUCGCCUUUGCCCAGAUCUGUGCCCCGGGCUCUCGGGAAGCCAGUCGUGGAACUGAAGUCGAGCCCCGGUCCCCAGCUCUCACCAUGCCGGCGGCAGCCGCCCUCAUGGCUCGGGCAGUGAUGGCGAGCGAGGUCCCCGAGUGGAUUUCCAGAAGCCGGGAAGACCUUUGAAGAGGUCGCGUGGGCUGCCUGGGCCGGAGAGGGCCGAGUCGGGCGGCGCGCAUGCAGCCCUUCGGCCUGCCUUAUUCUCUUCCUCCGUGGAUUUGGAAGCAUCGCUGAAGGAGAGAGGGAUUUUACUCCUGGGAAAUGGAACCGGUUUCUGAGCCCGGCCAACAGCAGAAGAGAAAGCUGGUGACCCAUGGGCUGGAAGAUCAAAAGAGGAUCUACACGGACUGGGCCAAUCAUUAUUUAGCCAAAUCAGGCCACAAACGCCUCAUCAAGGACCUCCAGCAAGAUGUGACGGACGGCGUCCUCCUGGCUCAGAUUAUCCAGGUUGUGGCAAACGAGAAGAUUGAAGACAUUAAUGGCUGUCCGAAGAACAGAUCGCAAAUGAUUGAAAACAUAGAUGCCUGCUUGAAUUUCCUGGCAGCUAAGGGAAUAAACAUCCAGGGGCUGUCUGCAGAAGAAAUCAGGAAUGGUAACCUCAAGGCCAUCCUAGGCCUCUUCUUCAGCCUCUCCCGCUACAAGCAGCAGCAGCAGCAGCCCCAGAAGCAGCACCUUUCUGCACCGCCGCCGCCUGCCGUGGCCCAGGCGGCCGGGGCGCCCCCCCAGUGCCAGGCUGGCACUCCUCAGCAACAGGUGCCAGCCACUCCCCAAGCCCCGGGCCAGCCUCUCCAGCCGGCGCCGCAUCAGCAGUCAAAAGCACAAGCUGAAAUGCAGUCCAGUGCAUCAUCCAAGGACUCAUCUCAAAGCAAAAUCAUCCGCUUCACUCUGGGUCAGAAAAAGAUCUCUAGGCUUCCAGGUCCUACUGCAAGGGUAUCCGCUGCAGGCAGCGAAGCCAAAACACGUGGAGGGUCAGCCACUGCUAACAACCGACGCAGCCAGAGCUUUAACAACUAUGACAAGUCCAAACCAGUCACCUCCCCACUUCCACCACCACCACCAAGCAGCCAUGAGAAAGAGCCAUUGGCGAGCCCAGCAUCCUCCCACCCCGGAAUGAGCGAAAAUGCACCUGCUCCUCUGGAGAGUGGCGGCACUUCCACCCCCGCUAACAGCAGCGCCUCCUCGGCCAUCCCCCAGCCCGGCGCUGCCUCCAAGCCCUGGCGCAGUAAGUCGGUCAGCGUGAAGCACAGCGCCACGUCGUCCAUGCUCUCCGUCAAGCAGCCCGUGCCCGAGACCCCCAGGCCCACCCCCGAAGCCAUGAAGCCGGCCCCCAACAAUCAGAAGUCCAUGCUGGAAAAACUAAAGCUUUUCAACAGCAAAGGGGCUUCCAAGGCAGGCGAGGGCCCAGGGUCGCGGGACACGAGCUGUGAGCGGCUCGAGAUCCUUCCCACCUUCGAAGAGAGCGAGGAGAUGGAGGCCACUGGGCGCUCGCUGUCCGUGGCGGGUCCUGCGUCCAACAGCCCCAAGAUUGCGCUCAAGGGCAUCGCCCAGAGAACUUUCAGCCGGGCGCUGACCAACAAGAAGAGUUCCCCAAAAGGCAGCGACAAGGAGAAGGAGAAACAACAGCGGGAGAAGGAAAAGGAGAAAAGCAAGGACCUCGCCAAGAGAGCCUCUGUGACAGAAAGGCCGGAGCUCAGAGAGGCGCCAAAAGAAGACCCCAGUGUGGCGGUGGUGACCGAGGUGCCAAAAAAGUCCUCCAAGAUCGCCAGCUUCAUCCCCAAAGGGGGGAAGCUCAACAGUGCCAAGAAAGAGGCUGCCGCCCCUUCCCACAGUGGGAUCCCCAAACCCGGAAUGAAGAGCAUGCCCGGAAAAUCCCCAAGUGCCCCUGCCCCUUCCAAGGAGGUGGAGCGGAGCCGGGGUGGGAAGCCGAGCUCGGGGCUCCCCCAGCAGAAGCCCCAGCUGGAUGGCAGACACUCCAGCUCCUCCUCCAGCCUGGCGUCCUCAGAGGGAAAAGGCCCCGGAGGGACCACCCUGAACCACAGCAUCAGCAGCCAGACCGUCAGCGGGUCCGUCGGGACCACGCAGACCACGGGAAGCAAUACCGUCAGUGUUCAGCUACCUCAGCCCCAGCAGCAAUAUAACCACCCCAACACUGCCACCGUCGCGCCUUUCCUGUACAGGUCCCAGACGGACACCGAAGGGAAUGUUACUGCUGAAUCCAGCUCCGCGGGUGUAAGCAUGGAGCCCAGCCACUACACCAAGAGUGGACAGCCUGCUUUGGAAGAACUCACUGGGGAAGAUCCUGAGGCUCGGCGUCUGCGAACGGUGAAGAACAUCGCUGACCUGCGGCAGAAUUUGGAGGAGACCAUGUCUAGUUUACGGGGGACUCAGGUCACGCACAGCACGUUGGAAACCACAUUUGACACCAACGUCACCACGGAGAUAAGCGGGCGCAGCAUCCUCAGCUUGACGGGCAGACCCACCCCGCUGUCCUGGAGACUCGGCCAGUCCAGCCCUCGGCUCCAGGCGGGCGACGCCCCCUCUAUGGGCAACGGGUACCCACCUCGAGCCAACGCCAGCCGGUUCAUCAACACCGAGUCGGGCCGCUACGUGUACUCUGCCCCUCUGAGGAGGCAGCUGGCCUCCAGGGGAAGCAGCGUGUGCCACGUGGACGUGUCCGACAAGGCCGCCGAGGAGAUGGACCUGGAAGGCAUCCGCAUGGACGCCCCCGGCUACAUGAGUGACGGGGACGUCCUGAGCAAGAACAUCCGCACGGACGACAUCACAAGCGGGUACAUGACUGAUGGUGGACUUGGCCUCUACACUCGUCGCCUGAACCGGCUCCCUGAUGGGAUGGCUGUGGUGCGGGAGACCCUGCAAAGAAAUACCUCCCUGGGCCUUGGAGAUGCCGACAGCUGGGAUGACAGCAGCUCCGUCAGCAGCGGGAUCAGCGACACCAUAGACAACCUCAGCACCGAUGACAUCAACACCAGCUCCUCCAUCAGUUCCUAUGCCAACACCCCUGCUUCCUCUCGCAAAAACCUGGAUGUGCAGACCGACGCUGAGAAGCACUCACAGGUGGAGAGGGGUUCCCUGUGGUCGGGCGAUGACGUCAAGAAGUCAGACGGAGGCUCAGACAGCGGCAUAAAGAUGGAGCCAGGGUCUAAGUGGAGACGGAAUCCCUCGGACGUGUCCGACGAGUCUGACAAAAGCACGUCGGGCAAGAAGAAUUCGGUCAUCUCGCAGACGGGCUCGUGGCGGCGAGGCAUGACAGCUCAGGUGGGCAUCACCAUGCCGAGGACCAAGGCGGCUGCCCCAGCAGGUGCACUCAAGACCCCAGGAACCGGAAAAACAGAUGAUGCAAAGGUGUCUGAGAAAGGAAGGCUGUCUCCCAAAGCCUCCCAGGUGAAGCGCUCCCCGUCAGACGCAGGCCGCAGCAGUGGCGACGAGUCCAAAAAGCCCCUCUCCAGCAGUUCCAGGACACCCUCUGCCAAUGCCAACAGUUUUGGGUUCAAGAAGCAGAGUGGCUCGGCCGCUGGGCUGGCCAUGAUCACAGCCAGUGGGGCCACUGUCACCAGCAGGUCAGCCACGCUGGGCAAAAUCCCAAAGUCAUCUGCGCUGGUCGGUCGGUCUACUGGCCGGAAGACGAGCAUGGACGGGGCUCAGAAUCAGGAUGAUGGGUAUCUGGCUCUCAGCUCCCGGACAAACCUGCAGUACCGGAGUUUGCCAAGGCCCAGUAAGUCCACCAGCCGGAACGGGGCUGGGAACAGAUCGAGUACCAGCAGCAUAGAUUCCAACAUCAGCAGUAAGUCGGCGGGCCUGCCGGUGCCCAAGCUGAGGGAGCCUUCCAAGACGGCCCUGGGCAGCUCUCUGCCUGGUCUGGUCAACCAGACGGAUAAGGAGAAAGGCAUCUCUUCCGACAACGAGAGCGUGGCUUCCUGUAACUCUGUGAAGGUGAACCCGGCUGCCCAGCCCAUGUCCAGUGCGGCCCAAGCUACUCUGCAGCCAGGGGCUAAGUACCCCGAUGUGGCCUCUCCCACGCUCCGCAGACUCUUUGGUGGGAAGCCUAACAAGCAAGUGCCCAUUGCCACAGCAGAAAGCAUGAAAAACUCCGUGGUGAUCUCCAAUCCGCACGCCGCCUCGACCCAGCAAGGUAACCUAGAGUCCCCCUCGGGCAGCGGCGUCCUGAGCAGCGGGAGCAGCAGCCCUCUCUACAGUAAGAAUGUGGAGAUGAACCAGUCUCCUCUAGCCUCCAGCCCCAGCUCCGCCCACUCGGGCCCUUCCAACAGCCUCACGUGGGGCACCAACGCCAGCAGCUCGUCCGCCGUCAGCAAGGACGGCUUGGGCUUCCAGUCCGUCAGCAGCCUGCACACCAGCUGCGAGUCCAUUGACAUCUCCCUCAGCAGCGGAGGGGGGCUGAGCCACAAUUCCUCCACGGGCCUCAUCACCUCCUCUAAAGACGACUCCCUGACUCCCUUCGUCAGGACCAACAGCGUGAAGACCACACUGUCGGAAAGCCCUCUCUCUUCCCCUGCUGCUAGCCCUAAGUUCUGCAGAAGUACUCUGCCCAGGAAACAGGACAGUGACCCGCACCUUGAUAGGAACACUUUGCCUAAAAAAGGACUCAGGUAUGCGCCCACCUCCCAGCUUCGCACACAAGAAGACGCAAAAGAAUGGUUACGGUCCCACUCCGCGGGAGGCUUGCAGGACACCGCCGCCAAUUCCCCCUUUUCCUCUGGCUCCAGCGUGACGUCUCCCUCCGGAACAAGAUUCAACUUUUCCCAGCUUGCGAGUCCCACCACUGUCACCCAGAUGAGCUUGUCCAACCCAACCAUGCUGAGGACUCACAGCCUCUCCAAUGCCGACGGGCAGUAUGACCCCUACACCGAUAGCCGAUUCCGGAAUAGCUCCAUGUCACUGGAUGAGAAGAGCAGAACCAUGAGCCGCUCAGGCUCCUUCCGGGAUGGAUUUGAAGAAGUUCACGGAUCCUCGCUCUCCUUGGUUUCCAGCACGUCAUCAAUUUAUUCUACACCAGAAGAAAAAUGCCAGUCAGAGAUUCGCAAACUGCGGCGGGAGCUGGAUGCCUCCCAGGAAAAGGUUUCAGCUUUGACCACGCAGCUGACCGCAAAUGCUCACCUGGUGGCAGCCUUUGAGCAGAGUCUUGGAAACAUGACAAUCAGGCUCCAGAGUUUGACCAUGACAGCUGAGCAAAAGGAUUCAGAACUGAAUGAGUUAAGAAAAACCAUCGAGCUGCUGAAGAAACAGAAUGCAGCUGCCCAGGCUGCCAUUAAUGGGGUCAUUAACACGCCGGAGCUCAAUUGCAAAGGAAACGGUACCUCCCAGUCUGCAGACCUCCGCAUCCGCAGACAGCACUCCUCUGACAGCGUCUCCAGCAUCAACAGUGCCACCAGCCACUCCAGUGUGGGCAGCAACAUCGAGAGUGAUUCCAAGAAAAAGAAGAGAAAGAAUUGGGUCAAUGAGUUACGCAGCUCCUUCAAGCAAGCCUUUGGGAAGAAGAAGUCCCCCAAGUCUGCAUCCUCUCAUUCCGACAUCGAGGAGAUGACAGAUUCUUCACUGCCUUCCUCACCAAAGUUACCACACAACGGUUCCACGGGUUCCACUCCACUGCUGAGGGGCUCCCACUCCAACUCCCUCAUCUCCGAGUGCAUCGACAGUGAGGCCGAGACGGUCAUGCAGCUCCGGAACGAGCUGAGGGACAAGGAGAUGAAGCUGACCGACAUCCGCCUGGAAGCGCUCAGCUCCGCGCACCAGCUCGACCAGCUGCGGGAGGCCAUGAACAGGAUGCAGAGUGAAAUAGAGAAGCUGAAAGCCGAGAAUGACCGGCUGAAGUCAGAGUCUCAAGGCAGUGGCUGCAGCCGGGCACCCUCCCAGGUGUCCCUCUCUGCCUCCCCUAGGCAGUCCAUGGGCCUCUCGCAGCACAGCUUGAACCUCACCGAGUCAACCAGCCUGGACAUGUUGCUGGAUGACACUGGUGAAUGCUCGGCUCGGAAGGAAGGAGGCAGGCAUGUUAAGAUAGUUGUCAGCUUUCAGGAGGAAAUGAAGUGGAAGGAGGAUUCCAGACCACACCUCUUUCUUAUUGGCUGCAUUGGAGUUAGUGGCAAGACGAAGUGGGAUGUGCUCGAUGGGGUGGUUAGACGACUGUUCAAAGAAUACAUCAUCCACGUCGACCCCGUGAGUCAGCUGGGGCUGAACUCAGACAGUGUUCUGGGCUACAGCAUCGGGGAGAUCCAGCGCAGCAACACCUCCGAGACCCCCGAGCUUCUGCCCUGUGGCUAUCUGGUGGGCGAGAACACGACCAUCUCCGUGACCGUCAAAGGGCUCGCGGAGAACAGCCUGGACUCCCUGGUGUUCGAGUCUCUGAUCCCCAAGCCCAUCCUGCAGCGCUAUGUCUCCCUGCUGGUGGAGCACCGGCGGAUCAUCCUCUCCGGCCCCAGCGGCACCGGGAAAACCUACCUGGCCAACCGGCUGUCCGAGUACUUGGUGCUUCGGGAGGGGCGGGAGCUGACAGACGGUGUCAUCGCCACCUUCAACGUGGACCACAAGUCCAGCAAGGAAUUGCGCCAGUACCUGUCCAACCUUGCUGACCAGUGCACCAGUGAGAACAAUGCUGCGGACAUGCCCCUCGUCAUCAUCCUGGACAACCUGCAUCACGUCAGCUCCCUGGGCGAGAUCUUCAACGGGCUGCUUAACUGCAAGGACCAUAAAUGCCCUUACAUAAUUGGCACAAUGAACCAGGCUACCUCUUCUACUCCCAACCUGCAGCUUCAUCACAACUUCAGGUGGGUGCUUUGUGCCAACCACACGGAGCCCGUGAAGGGCUUCCUAGGCCGGUUCCUGAGGCGGAAGCUCAUGGAAACAGAGAUCAGUGGGCGGGUGCGGAACAUGGAGCUGGUGAAAAUCAUCGACUGGAUUCCCAAGGUCUGGCAUCACCUCAACCGCUUCCUGGAGGCUCACAGCUCCUCAGAUGUCACCAUAGGCCCCCGGCUCUUCCUGUCGUGCCCCAUCGAUGUGGAUGGCUCGAGGGUAUGGUUCACUGAUUUGUGGAACUACUCCAUUAUCCCCUAUCUCCUGGAAGCCGUCAGAGAAGGACUCCAGCUCUAUGGAAGGCGGGCCCCCUGGGAGGAUCCCGCCAAGUGGGUGAUGGACACCUACCCCUGGGCCGCCAGCCCACAGCAGCACGAGUGGCCUCCCCUGCUGCAGCUCCGGCCUGAGGAUGUCGGCUUCGACGGCUACUCCAUGCCUCGGGAAGGGUCUGCAAGCAAGCAGAUGCCACCCAGCGAUGCUGAAGGGGACCCGCUGAUGAACAUGCUGAUGAGGCUGCAGGAGGCCGCCAACUACUCCAGCCCCCAGAGCUAUGACAGCGACUCCAACAGCAACAGCCAUCAUGACGACAUCCUGGACUCGUCCCUGGAGUCUACUCUGUGACAGGGGCCAGCCGUGGCGCCGGCCCGCCUCCCCCCACCCCUGGCCCUGCUCCACCUGCGUGCCCUGCCCCAUCCCAACGAUGCCCUCCUGAGCCAGCCCCCGGCCGCAGCUCGACGAGAGCCGCAGGGCUCCCCGGAACCCCUCACCCGCCAGCCUCGACCUGGGUGCGGGCCUCCCAGGCCGCCGCCUCGGCCCCACUUCCUUCCACAGUGAGAACCUGCACUACCUUCUGUUCAUUUCCCUUAUCGUUUGCCUUGUUGCUGUGACCUCCCUAAGACACUGAAGAACACUUCUCGGGGAAGCAUCAUCACCGUUGAGAUGAAAAGGGGACAAAGAACACAAACAAGCAGACAAAAAACAAAACCACCCCAAGAAGCCACGUGAAGCCCUGAAAGCAAAGCGCAUCCUGCCGUGAGCCUCCCGGAGCGGAGGAGGCCGGAGCCCACCAAGCCCACCGGCGGGCCUCCCAGCCGCCCCUCGGCACCGACCCUCCAGGCCGGUCUCGCCGCCAGCGCCCCCCACGCCCCCUCUGCCACCCAGCCGGCCCCCCGGGCGAGCUGGUGCUAACUUGGGGCGCCGCUCGGUCACCCCCGCCAGACCCCAGAGCUGCCCGCGCGCGGGGCGACCCUUAGGGCAACACCCAGCACGCUCGCCGGUCGGGUUUGCCUUCUAAAUGGUGCUCUCCUUGCCCGAGAGGUAUCCUCACCUGUUCCAGCUCGGCCGCACCUUUCGGGGCCGUCGGCCUCCAGCCGGUUGCUGAGCUGAGCGUGAGUGGGGUGCGCGAGCGGCCGAGCAGGUGUUUCUCCCCCGAGCACCGCGGACAGCGGGAGCUGGUCUGUUCGGAGAACUGGUUUACCCCCUUGCAGAUGAGGGGGAGUUUCUCCCUUUCCUGACUCUUUGAUUUGGAAGACCGCCCCCCCUCCACCCCCCUGCCCCCCACCCCACCUUUGGUCAGAAUCAGUCCUUUGGUGAAAGAAAGAACCGCAGGAGUUGAGUCUCGGUUUGGUCCUGCCGAGUCCUGGUUGUCCGGGCGUCCACGCUCACGGCUGUGCCCCUCGCCACGGCCUGCUGGGGCCGGGGGUGGCCGUGGCCCCUCUCGUGGACCAGGACCCCACCCUGCACGCGCGGGUGAGCCGGGACCUGGCCUUGCCUUCUCGUCCUCGAGGCUUCAGAACGCACAUCGACACCUCAGGCGUGCGAGCCCCAACCUCAGGUGGGGUGCUGAGGUCCCCUCGCACAAGACUUGCACUUUUCCUCAGAACCAACGUGACGCAACUCCACGAGGGGCCGGAGGCCGCUCCCUUCCAGAAGCCCCGGCCUCCGUCCGGACGAGUCUUGCCUGACCUCUUCGGUGCUGACCUUCCCAAAGCGAUGCCUUACUGGUUUUGUACUAACCGUGUUCAUUUAUGAGUGUUGUGCCUGCCUGGGGUCCAUGAUUUUUUUUGUUUUGUUUUGUUUUGUUUUGUUUUCUUUUGUUUUCCCCAUCAGAGCAAACAGGGCUAAAAAAAAGUCAUCUACUCGUUAGGCGAACUCAAGUUGCGGUGACUUUUCUCAUCCGAAAGACUCAUUUGUGUGGAUGCGUGACCAAGGGUAAAAGAAAAAGGAAAAAAAAAAAAAGAUGAAUUUUUUUUUUAGGUUCUUAUCGGUCUCCAGCUAACACUCUGACUGGACAGCGAUCUGUCUGAUGCAGAAAAAGGCAAAAGUUCCUACAAGUCCGCAUGACCUUGCUGAUACAUACCCUGCUAGCACGUGUCUUCAACAUACUGGUAGUUUCUUUACAGAGAGUAGUGGUAAAUCUGUAAGUUGGUUUGUUUCUGCUUUACAGGGAGAAUCUACUGGACCCCAGUGGGGGUGUCUCUGUUCACGAUCAGGGUUUUUUAUUAUUCCAACUUCCACAUUUCUAUUCCUGAAGGUCCAUCUCUGUACACUUUGUCUCAUUUUUCUCACCACGAGAACUUGACCUGAAACUGCUCGCAUGACGUUGGAUGACACCCAUUUUCUUCCUCCUCAAAGGAAAAAGGAGGAUGUACCCCACUAGCUGGUGAACGGACGACCUCUCCGUGCUGUCCUUGCUCAUUUAAUCUCCAUAAACUCAGACGCUAUCGCGUGCAGCCUUCAUUAGCCAUCUGGGUGUGUGAGUGUGUCUUGUCCUGUUUUGUUUUGUUUUUUCCAUAAAAAAAUUUUCAACCAUGGAUUUAGCCUGUGACCACGGGCCACAGCCUGAGCCUUCUGGUAAACCUACAGAGUGGUCCUUCUCAAUCUGUUUCCCAGCGAUGACCUUACACGCUCAUACUGUGAAUUUGGGAGGAGGUAAAAUAGACCUCUCCUUGGGGGCAGUUUUCCCAGUCACCUUGUGAGUAGACACCUGCCAAUAUCAUUUGAAACCCUUUUUUUGUUUUGUUUUGUUGUUUUUGUUUUUAGGACACCUUCUCUGUCUCCUCCCCUCUCCUAUCCUACAGACUUCCCUCCCACCAGGUCCAGGCUCAGAACCGAGACCUCUUGUCUCUGCUGCUGCCUGACUAGUGACCAGUUGAUUUGAAGUCGCGUAGCCCUCGUGUGAUUCACAACUCCGUGUCCUUCCUCAAGUUUCGGGAAGCAGGGUUGUCUGAUACGCACAUUUCUUCUUUCGGUCAUAUUUUACGUUAGUGUCGCUCACCUUUGACAAAGUGACUUUGUGCUCAUUUAGGGCUCUGUUCCGAAAUGCUUCCAUUUUGCCUUUUUCUACAGUUAGGCUACUUUCUGAAAAUAUAUGAAAUUCUAUGCAACACUUACGUUGAGUUACCAGUGGAAGCCAAAAGUCUUCUUCCCAAACUGCCAAGAAUUAUACAGGCCAUAAAUGAGAUGGGAAUAUCUUUUAAUUUAAGUUUGGGGGUGGGGUAGGGGUGGGACAAGGAACGAGACUUGCCUAGACCUUUGUUGUGUCUUGGGGACAUUUUUUAUUUUACUGUUGAUGCUUCAACUUCGGAAUUCCGUGUACUCAGAUCUGAUGGUGGUAAAUCUACUUCAAAAGGAAAAAAAAAAAACAAUCCAACUUUGUGGAUAUUAAAUGGAAGGUUUGCUGUUUUAAUCUAGUUGUUUCCAGUGGAGCAGUUUAUGAAAUAUGUCCUAUAAGAUGUACAUUUUUUCACUGUAACAUAGAAAUUGUAAAUAAUCGAUUAAAGUGCUGCAUUUUGAUGAAUUUUUUCUAGCCAUUUUUAAAGAGAAAACUAGGAAUUGAGUAUUUUGUGUACGGUAUGUUUCCUUCCUCCUUCCCUCCCGUCCUCCCUAUUUAAUUUUCAUUUGUCAUGAGGUUUUUGGAUCUGCCAUCGAUCUACUGGAGAUCAUGCCCCACGUCAUAGAGAAUAAAGCUGAUGAUUGUACCAGUCUUAAAUUAUUCAUGAUUCAAUAAAAUUGAUGCUUAUUUAUUCAGA